AUGGCUAACCCGGUUUUACAGAUGAGCCCUCAGAUGGAACAGAUCCAUGGCGAAAUUCGCGAUACAAUUCGUGCCCUUGGAAAUGGCUUCCAAAAGCUGGACAAAAUUAAAGACUCGAAUAGACAAAGUAAACAGCUUGAGGAGCUUACGGGGAAGAUGCGAGAGUGUAAAAGAUUGAUUAAAGAAUUUGACCGUGAAAUCAAAGACGAGGAAAGUAGAAAUCCUCCUGAGGUGACCAAACAGCUUAAUGAUGAGAAACAAUCCAUGAUAAAAGAGUUAAAUUCAUAUGUAGCUUUGAGAAAGACGUACAUGAGCACUCUUGGGGGUAAAAGAGUUGAACUUUUGGAUAUGGGAACAGGUCCAAGUGAGCCAACAGCUGAUGAGAAUGUUCAAGUGGCAUCAGAAAUGUCAAAUCAGGAGCUUAUCAAUGCUGGAACUAAGACGAUGGAUGAAACUGACCAAGCCAUUGAACGCUCCAAACAGGUUGUUCACCAAACUAUUGAAGUGGGAACACAAACUGCAACUACUUUGAAGGGCCAAACUGAACAAAUGGGCCGCGUAGUAAAUGAACUGGACACUAUCCAGUUUUCCAUAAAAAAAGCAUCUCAGCUCGUAAAGGAGAUUGGUAGACAGGUGGCUACUGAUAAAUGCAUCAUGCUUUUUCUCUUUCUGAUUGUGUGCGGAGUUAUUGCCAUUAUUGUCGUGAAGAUCGUGAAUCCCAAUAAUCGAGACAUUCGGGAUAUUCCUGGACUAGCUCCGCCGGCUCCUACGACAAGGAGAUUGUUGUUUUCCUCCUCGUCAGAGACGACCUCACGACCUACCUCGUCGGAGAUCGUCCGGCUACUACUUUCUGUCGCUCGUUCCGCCAUUCUUCCCGACGAUCGAUAA